UUCAUCUCCCACUAAACCUUCAUGCUUGUCAACCGGAGUUUUUCAUUUGGUCUCUCUCUCUCUCUCUCUCUUCCUCUCACUACAGUCUUCCACUCAACCCCUCAUUCCAUUUGCGAACUUCCUGAUCAGAAUGAGCACUUCAGAAAUCAUAGAUUUAUGCAGUGAUGAUGAAUUGGGCGAGUCGGGUAUGGAAAACUGCAGAAGGGAGGCUGAGCCUGGCUUUGAGUCUGCACCCUCAGACUCGGUAUGUCCAACACCGAUUUGUAAGCAAUUUUGGAAAGCGGGAGACUACGAAGUAGGGAAGGGAAAGGGGAACCAAGCUGCAAAUCAGUAUGGAAUAAACCGUAUGCACAUACAUCCUAAGUUCCUUCACUCAAAUGCCACUUCACAUAAGUGGGCUUUUGGAGCCAUGGCAGAGUUGCUCGACAAUGCAGUUGAUGAGAUACAUAAUGGAGCUACUUUUGUUAGCAUAGACAAGAUGUCGAUCCCACGGCAUGGGAAUACAGCUUUGGUAAUUCAAGAUGAUGGUGGCGGAAUGGACCCUGAAGCUUUAAGGCGCUGCAUAAGUUUUGGAUUUUCAGAUAAGAAAUCAGAGUUCACCAUUGGACAAUAUGGAAAUGGCUUCAAGACCAGCUCUAUGAGACUUGGAGCAGAUGUUAUUGUCUUCAGUCGCCACAUGGAGUCAAGGAAACUGACUCAAAGUGUUGGACUCCUUUCUUAUACAUUUUUGACUCGAAUGGGCUACAACAAGAUAGUUGUUCCAGUGGUGGAUUAUGAGUUUGAUUCAUCAGCUGGAACAUUUGGCCCCAUAAUUCUGCAUGAUGACGACCAUUUUUAUUCUAAUCUGACCAUGCUGUUGCAGUGGUCUCCUUAUUCAACAGAAGAGGAGCUGCGGAAGCAAUUUGAUGAUAUAGGGGAUCAUGGAACAAAAAUUGUCAUUUACAAUCUUUGGCUAAAUGAUGAUGGGGAUAUGGAACUAGAUUUUAAUUCUGAUCCUGAGGAUAUUUGUAUUAAUGGCGACAAAGAACUUGGCAAUUUGAAACGUCAUGUUCAGCAUGUUGCUCACCUGUAUCGGCACUCUCUCCGUGCAUAUGCAUCAGUCCUGUAUAGGCAGCUACCACAGUACUUUCAGAUAAUUUUGCGUGGACAAGAUGUUGAGCGCCGUAAUGUUGCCUUUUAUCUCAAUUUUGUUGAGUUCAUCAAGUAUAGGCCGAAAACUGAAGGAACUAUCAAGUAUAGGCCGACAACUGAUGGAAAUCUGGAGCUUGAAUAUAUUACCGCAAUAGGAUUUUGGAAGGAAGCUGCACGUGCUAAUAUUCAUGGUUUCAAUAUCUACCAUCGGAAUCGCCUGAUACUGCCAUUUUGGCGUGUACUUAAACAAAUGACAGGCAAUACCGGGAGAGGAGUUGUCGGUGUCCUGGAACCAAAUUUUAUUCAGCCUACUCACAAUAAGCAAGAUUUUGAAAAAACUUCCCUCUUCCACAAGCUUGAAGAUCGUUUAAAGCAAAUGACGGUGGAGUACUGGAAGAAAUAUUCCAAAGUCGCCGGUUAUCAGACUGUGAAAAAAGUUCGUUCUAAGAGACUGCGUCGUCCAAAAUCACCUUCUUCAAGAACUAGAAAUUCUUUGCACCUAGCUUUGUUACUGAAUCACGGUUCUCAUGAAGCAUCUUCUGGUGCAGCGGGAUCCUUAGAAGAUCCCCAAGUAGCCGUAUCAGAUGCUUCAUCCAGUGGACUGCAAAUAACAGCAGAUAUCUCCUCAGAAGGAAACGUCAAAAAGAGGAAGGAUCUUGAUACGCCAUUGGAACCACAACUUGCGAAAAGGCACACAGGACAUGAUGGAACUGAUGUCCAGUACAUUACUCAACAGUCUGAGAAUAGCAUCGAGAACACGAAGCAAAUUUCACAGAAGAUAAUUUUGAUUCGAGAAAACAGAAGGCUUCGGUCAGAGAUGCUCGCGGCGGAAAAACGGAUUGAAGAACUUAACUUGAAGAUGCAACAACGUAUGCGUGAACUCAAGGAUGAGCAGCGACGCGGAGGUGAACUGGAGAAUGAACUUACUCAGUUUUUGAUUCAAUCAUACGCAUAGAGCAACAUUUGUGCCAGAUCGAGGCGAAGGAGGAGGACGGUGAAACACUUGUUUCUGUAGAGUUGACUGGAAUUUACAUAAACCCUAACCAUACACACAAAGAAUGCGGCAGUUUCUGUUCUUUUAGAUUUGUAUAUUGCAGUAGAAUCUCACCCCUAAUGAAAGAUAUUUCCGGCUUGAAUUAA